AUGAAGUUCGGCGAACAGUUGCGGUCAAGCAUCAUCCGCGAGUACCAGUGGUACUACAUCGACUACAAUGGACUGAAGGGGGAGCUCAAGGACGCCUCGGGGCCUCUCGCCGGCAACGGCUCUGGCUCCAGGCAGUGGACCGAAGACGACGAGACGCGCUUUGUGGGCAAGCUGGAGGCGGAGCUGGAAAAGGUCCAUACCAAGCAGCAGGUCAAGGCCAUGGAGAUUUCCCGCCGAAUUGCCGUCAGCGAGCGCGAGGUCAAGGAGGUCGUGAACCGGCUGAAUGAGCGUGGCCUUGGAGAGGAGGGCCCCAGCGAGGAGGAGUUUUUGCUGCUGGAGGAGGAUCUGAGUGACAUCAUUGCCGACGUCCACGACCUGGCCAAGUUCGUCCAGCUCAAUUAUACCGGCUUCUAUAAGAUUAUUAAAAAGCACGAUAAAAUGACUGGAUGGCAUCUUCGACCUGCCUUUGAUACUCGACUCAAGGCCAAGCCGUUCUACAAAGAAAACUACGACGCGUCCGUCAUCAAGCUGUCCAAGCUGUACGAUCUUGUCCGAACCCGAGGCAAUCCCGUUAAAGGCGACAGCGCCGCCGGUGGUUCUCAAGCCAGCUUUAUCCGACAAACGACCAAAUACUGGGUGCAUCCCGAUAAUGUGACGGAGCUGAAGCUCAUCAUCCUCAAACAUUUGCCUGUUCUGGUUUUCAAUGCUAGUAAAGAGUUUGAGCAGCAAGAUCAGGCUAUUACCUCCAUCUACUACGACAACCCCGAGAAGUGGGAUCUUUACGAGGGCCGAUUGAAAAAGACGGAGGGUGCAGAGGCUAUCCGACUUCGUUGGUACGGUGGUAUGAAGACCGAGACCAUUUUUGUCGAGCGCAAGACUCACCGAGAGGACUGGACUGGCGAAAAGUCUGUCAAGGCUCGAUUUUCGAUCAAGGAGAAGAAUGUUAAUGCCUACAUGAAAGGUGAGCUGCUACCAGCAGCCAUCUUUGAGAAGGCUCGCAAGGAGGGUAAGAAAUCAGAAAAGGCUAUUGCUGAGGAUGAGAGACUCGCUUCGGAAAUUCAGUAUUCGGUUUUGAAGCACGGUUAUGAGCCUGUUUGCCGUUCUUUCUAUAACCGAACUGCCUUUCAGUUGCCUGCCGACGCCCGAGUGCGAAUUUCACUGGACACCGAGUUGACCAUGGUUCGAGAAGACAAUCUGGAUGGCCGUUCUCGCUCUGGUAACAACUGGAGACGUCUGGAUAUCGGUGUCGACUACCCAUUUUCGCAGCUUCCCCCCGAAGAUGUCGAGCGCUUCCCUUACGCCAUCCUUGAAGUGAAGCUUCAGACUCAGGUGGGACAAGAGCCGCCGGAGUGGAUCAGACAGCUCAUUUCCUCUCAUUUGGUCGAGGCCGUCCCCAAGUUCUCCAAAUUCAUCCACGGCACAGCGACUCUGUUCCCCAACCGCAUCAACCUGCUUCCCUUCUGGAUGCCCCAGAUGGAUGUCGAUAUCCGCAAGCCUGUCACUCAUGACUUUGGCAUUCGUCGACCUGAUAUCUCUGGAACAACUACCACGUCAGAUGACGAGGAAGAGCUUGAUUCUGACGAGGAGGAAUUGGUCGUGGUUCGUCGUGGUGCCGGAAAUGGUGAAUCUAGCAGACAGGGAGCUAGGCUUCGUGCUGUCACCACGGAUACAGAAGGCCAAACAGUGGAUGCACCAGGUGGAAAUGAGGACUUCCCUAUCUACGAUUCCGACGACGAAUACGACGAGAACUACGAGUUGGAAGAGGCCCGAAGAAUUGGCGGAUGGCACUACUACCGCAUACUCUUUUCUUCAAAGGCCCAUGCCGCUGCUUCCAAAACUUGGAGCGUCUUGAAGUACGUUGUUCCGCACCCCCACGGAACGCAAGUGCCUCGAUCCGCCAGACUUGAGACCCUCUUUGGUAAUAGUAGAGUCCAAACCAAGAGGUUCAGAGCUCCUCCUGGCAAGAAGAUUUAUGUUCCGGUUCGCGUCGAGCCCAAGGUGUACUUUGCCGCCGAGAGAACAUUCCUUGGAUGGCUCGAAUACUCGAUUUAUAUCAGCACUAUUGCCACGACCCUUCUCAACUUUGGAGACCACCCGACACCGACAUCCUUUUGGAUCGCUGGCAUCUUCACCUUCCUGGCCAUCUUUAGUCUCCUCUAUUCCGUGGCAAACUACCUCUACCGCAGCCGGUCCAUUCGCAACCGUAAGGCGGCUCGAUACUACGACCGCUGGGGCCCCAGCGUUCUCUGUACCGCCCUGUUUGUGGCUGCCGCCUUCAACUUUGUAUAUGAAGGUCGGGAGAGGAAGUACUGGUAA